GCUGCUGCUUGCCACCGCGCGCCACUAACAAUCUCGUGAUUUCAGUUUACUGGAAAAUGUCAACAAUCGCAUAGUCCUACUGACCGACCUGCGGCAGGCUGAGCUCAGCUCUGGUUGCAAACCUUAAGGCACAGACUUGCCUGUGAGAUCCACGAGUUGGGCUACUUCACGUCAGUGAUGUCAAAGUAGCCUAGUUUGCGGAAGACCUGGAAGAGAGAAGGCGCAAACACGCAACAGGUGCUGCUGGAGACCCGGCUCUGCUCCUCCAUUGGCCCAUUUCAGAUCCGUUUCUUUCCUCUUUGUUCUGUUUGUUUUCAAUCUUUGUCCUGUUGUUUAUCUUCCCCACUUUCCCUCCACGUGUGUUCCUGUGUUUAGUGUCUACUCUCCUCUUUCAUCCCCAUCUCCUUUGGCUACUUUUUUUUCGUUUCUUUCAGUUUUAUUUCUCUCAUUUCUCACUCCUCCCCCCCUCCCUCGCUCCCUGUCACCAUGCCGACGGAGGUUCUGCAUCGUCUGAGCACGCUCUCCUUGACCUCCGUGAAGCAGCUGGGUCGCCUGCCGCGCCUGUCCUCGUCGCUGCCCGCCCUCCCCGCCCCGCGCCCCACCCUCGCCGCCUCCGAGGUGCCCACCCUGUUCCGCGAGCCCCACAUCCUCUCCGGCUACCGGCCCGCGGGACAACCCUGGAGCAGCUACCUACUCAGCACCUUCCAAUGGCAUAACGAGUCCAUGAACGUCUGGACCCAUCUGCUGGCGGCGCCUCUGCUCCUGCUGCGCUGCUGGUCGCUGCUAGAGGGCGCCGGUGGGCCGUGGCGUCUGCUGGGGGACGUGGCUGCGUUGCCCCUGGUGCUGUACGUGGUGUCGGCGCUAACGUACCUGGCGUGCAGCGUGGCCGCCCACCUGCUCCAGUCGCGCUCGGAGCUGACGCACUACUCCGUCUUCUUCCUGGAUUACGUGGGCGUGGCUGUGUACCAGUACGGCUGCGCGCUGGGCCACUACUUCUACGGCUCGGAGCCGCGCUGGCGUGAUGACAUCCUGGGGGGCCUCAUGGGCGCCGUGUACCUGCCUAGCGCCGCCCUGCUGGCCUGGAUGUCCUGCGCAUGCUGCUGCUUCGCCAAGGCGCACUACCGCCGGCCCUACCCUCCGCGCCGCAAGGUGGUCCAGCUGAUCCCCACGGGCCUGGCGUACGUGCUGGACAUCAGCCCCGUGGCACACCGCCUCCUGGUGGCGGGAGAUUGGCAGCGCGACGACGACGGGGCGCUGGGGUUCCACGCGGCGCAGGUGGUUUUCUUCAUGAUGGCCGCCAUGUUCUUCUCCUACCCCUUCCCGGAAUGCUGCCUGCCGGGCCAUUGUGACAUCAUCGGCCACGCCCACCAGCUGUUCCACUUCUUCCUGGCGCUGUGCACCGUCUGCCAGCUGGAGGCGCUGUUCAGGGACUUCCUGGCGCGCAGGGCGGCCAUCUUGGAUGUGCACGGCGGGGAGCUGGUGGUGGGAGCCGGGGUCUCGUUCUUCGUCCUGGUGCUCUGCUGUUUGGCCACGGCCGUCUGGAUGCGCAGGACGGUUCAGAAACGGCUGAAGGAUCAACAGGCCUAGAAGUAGAAGUGUCUAGUAUUGUUUUUUUAUGUCACAUUCAUAUAUACAGUACACACUGUAAAACAUUGCAGUCAGUUGAACGUCAAAAUAAGUUGCCCUGCUGCCUUAAGUUUGCAAGUUAACCCAACUUGAGAAAGCAUCAAGUUGAGUGAAGACUCGAGUUGAGUUAACUUAUAAGUUAUGUAUAACUUAUAAAGUUAAGGAGAACUUAUUUUUUUACAUUUAACUGGCUUGCAAUGUUUUACAGUGCAGUUUUACACACUUUUACACUGUAUUUAUAAUAUUUAUAGUAUUUGUAGUGUUUUUCGUUUUUAUAGGGGUUUGGUCUUUUGAUUAUUUAUGAGUACAUUAAGGCUGUAACAAUACACUCUACUCACGAUUCGGUUCGUAUCAAAAUUUUUGACCUAGGUUUAUAUACCCUACAAAUUUUUAAAUGUGUCUUUUGAAAAAUAUUUUAUUUUAUUUUUUCUCAUUUGCCAACAUUAUAA